AUGUUUCAAAAUGUCCGUCCCGUCGCUCACGUGAUCUCCUCUCGCCUCCCUUACCCACGCGAUCACUUCUCCUUCCCCAUAGCCCUCCUGUUCGGCCGUCCAGUCACCCGCCCAUUCUGCCGUCCCGUCGUCCUCCCGUUCCGUUCCGUCGUCGUCGCCCUUCCAUGGCCCAUACCGUCGCCCCUCCCGUUCAUCCAUCCCGUCGCCCAUCCCGUAGCGCAUCCUCUCUCCCAUCCUGUCGUUCCCCUCGUCGCCCUCGCCAACGCCCCGAAACUCCCUCCCGUCGCCCUUCCUCUCUCCCAUCCCGUCACUCCCCUCGUCGCCCUCGCCAACGCCUCGAAACUCCCUCCCGUAGCGCGUCCUCUCUCCCAUCUCGUCGCUCCCCUCGUCGCCCUCGCCAACGCCCCGAAACUCCCUCCCGUAGCGCAUCCUCUCUCCCAUCCCGUCGCUCCCCUCGUCGCCCUCGCCAACGCCCCGAAACUCCCUCCCCUCGCGCAUCCUCUCUCUCAUCCCGUCGCUCCCCUCGUCGCCCUCGCCAACGCCCCGAAACUCCCUCCCGUCGCGCAUCCUCUCUCCCAUCCCGUCGCUCCCCUCGUCGCCCUCGCCAACGCCCCGAAACUCCCUCCCGUCGCCCUUCCUCUCUCUCAUCCCGUCGCUCCCCUCGUCGCCCUCGCCAACGCCCCGAAACUCCCUCCCCUCGCCCUUCCUCUCUCUCCGUCACCCUUGCUCUCUCUUCGUCGCCCUUGCUCUCUCUCCGUCGCCCUUGCUCUCUCUCCGUCGCCCUUGCUCUCUCUCCGUCGCCCUUUCUCUCUCCCGUCGCCCGUUCUCUCUCCCGUUGCCCUUUCUCUCUCCCGUUGCCCGUUCUCUCUCCCGUUGCCCUUUCUCUCUCCCGUUGCCCGUUCUCUCUCCCGUUGCCCUUGCUCUCUCCCGUUUCCUAUCCUCUCUCCCCUCCUCUCACGUUGCCCUCGAUGCAGUCCUCGCCUUUCCUCUCUCCCCUCCCAUCACCCACCUCGGCGCUUUCGCGUUCGCCCCGAAAUGCCUGCAAGUCGCCCUUUGUUUCUCCCCUCCCAUCUCCCAACACCCUACCAUUCCGCAAUUUUCGCUCAAUCAGCGCUCUCCGUGCGCUCUCGUUUCCUUCUACCUAUUCUUUUUUAUCUCUAA